AUGCUCAGCAACCCGGCGGGCCGCGAGGCGCAGCUGAAGGCGCAGGUGCGCCAGUCCUGGGCCGUGUGCGGCAUCUUGCUCGUCGUGCUCUGCGGGCGCGAGCUGAGCGGCUCCGGGCGGACGUGCAGUCUGUCGGAGGCGGACCUCGAGCGGGGCGAGGCGCUCGUCAAGAGCGAGGUCGCCUGGCUCCAGCAGCACACGGCGCGCGCGUCCGAGGAGGCCGACGAGACGCUCGCGGCGUUGGCCGAGGAGCUCGCGCAGGUCGAGGCGCUGUCGAACUCGCUCGUCGCGCGCGGCGAGGCCGACGCGAAGACGCUGGCGGAGGCCCUGGAGCGCGCGCCGCCGGGCCCGCCGCCGGACGCGCGGACCUGCGCGGCCGCGGCGAAGGACGCGGCCGCGGCCUCGAAGGCGUCCGAGAAGGCCCGACUCGACGCCGACAAGGCCGUGGAGACCGCCGCGGCGGCGACGGCGACGGCGACGGCGAAGACCGCCCAGGCCGAGGCCGUCGCGCAGCGCGACGAGACCCUCGCGGCGCUCGAGCUGUCGCUGAAGGCGCUCGGCGAGUCCGCCGAGGCGUCGAAGGCGCGCCUCGCGGAGGCCCAGGCGGCCCUCGCCGCGUCGACGGCGCAGGCCCGGGAGGCCCGGGACCUCCUCAAGGCCGCCCCCGGCGCCCAACUCGCGUCGCAGCAGCUCGAGCGGGCCGUCGCGGCCGUCGAGAAGGACGUCGCCGCCGCGCUCGCCGCCGCGGACGCCGCGCGGUCGUCGUCCGGCGCGGGCUGCACGGCCGCCGCCGUCGAGCGGGCCGUCGACACGGCCGUCGCCGUCUUCUUCGAGGCGGACCGCGUCGCCAAGUUCGACUACGCGCUCCGCGCGACGGGCGCGUCCGUCGUGCAGGGCCUGACGUCCGAGCCCUACACGCCGCCGGGGUCCGUCGUGCCGACCAAGGUCUGGCACGCGCUCGGCCGCGACGCGGGCGUCGGCCGCGCCGAGGACGCCAUCUCCCAGCGCGUCGGCUUCGGCUCCUGCUUCGCCUUCGAGGGCAGCCGGGGGUCCCUGACCGUCCAGCUCUCGAGCCGCGUCGUGCCCACGGCCUUCACGCUGGAGCACAUCCACGGCGCGCUCUGCAACCCGCUCCACAACGCCAACUGCUCCUCGGCGCCGCGGACCUUCACGGUCCUGGGGCGCCGCGCGGGCGCGCCGGACGCGACGCCCGUCGACUUGGGGUCCUUCGAGUACGACGCGGCCGACGCCGCGAAGACGGUCCAGACGUUCGCCGCGCUCAACGACGACCGCCAGGCCUUCGACCUCGCCACGCUCCAGGUCACGUCCAACUACGGCCACCCGGACUACACCUGCGUCUACCGCUUCCGCGUCCACGGCGACGCGCCGGAGACGGUCUGA